UGAUGAUUGAUAUGAAUCUUUAAUCUUAUAGUGUUGUAUUUAUGAUCUGUAGUCACUUACAUAUACCAUAGUAUCUAAGUUCAUUUGUAUGACUUAUUCAUAAUAUAGAUUAUAUUCGUCAUGAAUUGAUCUCAUUUAAGAUAUUUUUAGAAACUGAGGAUGAUUAGAUAGUUGUUUUAUCCUAGACUAAUCCUGCUAAAUAGUAAGUUUUGCAUUAGUAAAAGGAAAUCCUCAGUGAAAUUGUAUCCUUAAAUUCAAAACACAUCCGCUAAAUCAGUGGGAAAAUGCUUGAAAACACUAGAUAAUUGUCUCAAUAUAUUGAAUGAACUUGGGUAUGAUUACAGUCCUGUGAGGAGAUUUUUCUUCUCUAUAUAAAAAUUCAUCCAUAGAGGCAAAGCUAGAUAAUAAUUAAAAAACUGCGUUACAAUAAGUUACUUAAUGACGGUCAAGCUUAGAUUUAAUGUUGCAGAAAUAAGAUAUUAAUUAGUGGAGUCAGUCUAACUAUGGUUGACACCUUGAUUAGUUUACAUUACAGGUUAUCCAUAACAGUCAAUUCUCCAAAAAUUAAAGUUGAAUAAAUAGUAUUUUCAUUAAAUGAAUACCAAAGGAUUUGGGCAGAAGUUAGACAAAGAAAUCAAUGGGUACCGGUUCAGUGAUCUGAAAGUUAAACGAAAAACUCGAAAUCUAUAAGUGUUGGGUUAGUUCUUCUGUCAGGUCGAAAGUGAUCACUGCUAAUGAGUCUAAUACUGUAAAAAAAAUAGCUUACCUGUGUUUCCAGUUCUUCAAAAAUCGUCAAAGAAGAGUCAGCCCUUGAUGUGAACUAUAAAAUUUUAUCAAAACUUUGUGAAGAAUAAAGUUGGGGCGUAUAGUAUUGGCAACAUUAAAAACCUAAGGGUAUAAAUGAUCACUUCGACUUAUCACUAGCUUUGUGGAGUUGAAGACGAAGGUCAAUAGGUCCCAAUUUUUUUCAUAUCAAACUAUCAUGCUUCUAAUUAGGCCUUGAGACUAUUAUUUCUUCAGAGUUCGCAGUACGUGCUUCUGGAAAAUCCUAACAACGGACGAAAAGAAGGUGAAGGGACUUCAAACUCCAGUUAGUUAGAGAUAGCAAUCAAGAAUUUCAAGAACUGGGAUUCAUGCUAGAUGGUAUACGUAAGCACAACGUACAUACGAUAUUUAGGGGACUAACAUUUCUCAGUGGAUCCGAACCAUAGUCACUCAAUCUUGCAGUUUUACAUGUUAUUAAUCGUCUAGCUAUUCGGAUUGCUGGUGACCUACUAUAAAACUGAAAUAUUUAGAACUAAGAGUACUGAUCACACUCCAGUCUGUUCUACUGAAUCAAUGUCACUUACGACCAGAAAAAUGUGGGAUUACUCACAACCUAGUGAUUAAUCAAUGUAUAUAUAUUAGCUAUUACCUUAUGAACUACAUUCUAUUGAUUAUUAUUAAACUCAGACUGAUUUAUAUGCUAACCAAACAUAGGGAAGAAAAAUUAAGUGUAAAUUAAAAUUAAAACAAAAGGGGUUUUGUGGAGAUUAUAGUAAUUCAAUAGUUGAAUUGAUGAUUCAACUGAAGCCAGACCACCGUGGAAAACCUGGAAGCACUGGAGGGCCGUUUCUUUCUAGUAUGGGACCGGGUCUGUAGUGAGAUAGUAACUAACUGAAGACAACGGUGGAUGGUGGUGGAAUUUCGUGGACUGGCUGAAAUUAGACAUUAACACCGUAGGAUGCCAUAUCGGUGGUUCUUUCGCGAGACCAUUAGGUCCUAUGUUCAAACUCCACAGGCGGGAUCAAUAAUGCCUACUGCUAAGGAGUGCCAUACUAGGAAGAAACGGUAGUUGAGUGCUUUCAGGGUUUUCCAUGAUGGUCUAUCUUCAAUUAACUCUUAAAUCCAACUAUUAAAUUAGAACUAAUUCGUUAGGAAUAAAACUUCUACUGGCAUAAAUAAAAUACUGGUGUAUCAAAUGUUAAAUCAAGAUCAUGAAACAAUAAUUCAAGAACAUAUCUGUUCUUUCAAGGAGAAAUUGCUGUAAUUCCAAUUUAAAAGAUCUUAUUUAAACACUUCAUUUGAAAUCGUAAUUUCCACUACAGAAAUAUUUAGUAAUUGAUUAAUGGUUACUCAUAAGUAGUAUAAAAUAUUUUAAAGUAGAUUUUGACGUGAUAGCUACAGCUGGAAUGUUGAUGGUAUAUUACUUUAAUUAUAAAUGGACGAAGAAGAGAAGAGAAUCUUUUAUUUGAUGAAAGCAUUUAAUAUAACUGUAUGAUGGUAUUCAUAUUUUAAUUGCCUAAACAUCCUCAUCAUAAUAAAAGACGAAUAAAUGAAUAAGCUAUAUUCUUUUCAAUAAAUUCUCUUUAGAUUCUACAAUUAUAUAAUCCAAAUUAAUAAUCCGAAAAGUGGUCAGGUUUACGGCAAAAUGAAUUGUUUACAGUGUUAUAGCAUAUGAAUUUAGGAUUGUUAAGCAAAAUAACAUCAAAAUAAGACGAAACGUGCGUCAUGGAUUCCAUUCUUAACCACCAUCCAUCUUUGUUUAUAAAGCUUGUGACUUAAGGCAAUGUCGAGCUAAUCCAAAUAGGAUACACAUAUGACAACAAGAGACUGAUCAAUCGCAAUUCUGAAUAACAAUGGGAAGAUACAAGCAAACGACAACAAGUAAAUAUAAAAUUACAAUUUGUUCAUGUUGGGAUGACUCAGAGUCAAUGUAAACUUGAAUCACCUUAUACUUUAAAUAAAAUUAUAAGAUUCAUAAUCAGAGUGAAUAUGGACCAGAAAUAGGGAGAGAUAUAUUAGUGCACUUACUAAUUUAAUCAAGUGUUUAGUAGAUGACUUUAAUAUGUAAUGAUCUGAUAUGAAUUUAGUAAGAAACAAUAAGGUGGGAUAAAUGCGAAGUAAAUGAAUCAUGUAUUCAGGAGGUUGAUAAUGCUGUUAAACCGAUAAUAACAAUAAUAGUAAUAAUACACAGAUAUGUAAAUAAACAUAACAAUGACCAUGAUAUUUAAUUGAGAUCAUGAGUCGAUAAAUAUUAGAGGUUAGGCAUUCACAGGAAACGGAGGGUCCUAAGCUCGAGUCCCUCAUGAGCGAUCAUGGAUAUGUACUACUAGGUUGAAACAGUCGUUCAAUGCCUCCAGUUUUUCAACGCUAGUCUAACAUUGAUCUAUUCAUGAUAUCAAUAUAAACUCAAUAAUCUGAAAAACCUUAUAAUUAAUCACUGUAGCAUAAUAUUCAGACUGAUAAUUAGUUGUUUUUCAGUUGAAAUAACUUUCACAGUUAAAUAAUAAAGGUCAACAGUAUUAAUACUUUAACAACGUAUGUGUGUAUUCUCUGAAAGUUGGUAUUCUUUCCAAAUUUUCUACUCAUUAUGUCAAUCAAUAUAUUGGUAUACUGAAUUAUGUCAUCAAUUCAAAAAAAUCAAAAAACAUUAUUGAUUGAUGAAGAGAUUUUGGUGUUGUUUUAGUUCUCCAAAUUAUAUGAUUUCAUAAUGUAGCAUUCAUUGUCGUUCUGAACAUCACCAGAAGCGCCUACUUUAUGUAUAUGUGAGAUUCUUAGUUGUUACAUAGACGUUCAAUCAGUUUGUUCUGAAGAAUUUGUUUGAAAAUGAUUUUGUUGGGUUUUUUGUUUCUAUAUUAAUCUAUACAUUCAAGUUGACUGACUAGUUUGCUCGUGAUCAUGUAGUUGAGUGAUAUUUUUGGUAUUGAUUUAUUAAUUGAGUUUGUCUUGAUAUGUAAACUGAUUGACAACUAAUCUGAAUGACAUACUUCUGGAAAUUUCGCUGACAUUGUUAGAAGUUUCACGAUUCGCAAAAGAUUAGAACUAUAGUAACUAUAUAUCUACGAUUGUUGUUUCAAACCUGAACGAAGACAUAUGGGUUGAAACUUUAUGUAGGAGCUUAAUGGAUUUCUUUCAAAAGGACUCCUUUUAUUACAAUAUCUUACCUUCCGUUUGACACUGAAAUGGCUUGUGAGAACAGGUAUAUGAUAUGUCUCGACUCUCCCCAGCUUUUCAACAUAAAAUUAACUAAGGUCAAAGAAAAUAAUGGACCACGGGAUUGCGGUUGAGUGAUCACACGAGGCGGGAUCGUGGAUAUGCACUGCUGAGGAGUCCCACAAUAGGACGAAACGGCUGUCCAGUGCUUCCAGGUUUUCCAUAGUGGUCUAGCUUCAAAUGACUCAUGAUCUCAACUACUGAAAUUACUAUAAUAUCCACAAAAACCCUUCUGAAAUGUGGAUAUUGUCUGGAAAGAUAGUUAAAAUCUUUACAACUGAACUAUCGAAUUCAGAGAACGCAAAACUUCAAAAAUUUUCUUAUCUAAUUAUAUCACCAUGUAAUCAUAUCGAGAAAUCUAAUCAAUUGCUUAACUGUUGCACUUAAAUACCUCUGUAUAAUUGGAAACAAAAACAUGUGCUUGUUAUUAUAAAACUGUCAUUUCUAUCUAUAUGCACUCACACACAUCCCCACACACACACACACAUAAACCGACAAACAAGGAAUAAUACGUAUUUUUAAGAAAACUAUCAAUUAACCUUAAGUUUAAUUAGAAAUUAAGUUCACUUUCAUAAAUAUAAUUCUGCACUAUCAUCAACCAAUUGUAGAGUUGAAGUGAAAUAUUGUCAUAAAAGAUUUUUUUAUUGACUAGUAAUAAGCUUGUGCGUGUAUGUGUAUGUGUAUGUGGAGGAGGUGUCUAAUGAAUGUAUUGGCUUGUUUGUUUGUUUGUUUGCACAACCAAGAUUGUUUGCUUAUUGGAUGGUUAGUUAUUAAGUAAGUCGGUAAGGUAAUUUGUUAGUUAGUUAGUAGUAUCUCUUUGUAGUACACUAUUCCAAACAGGUAAAAAGCUUUUAAUCAAUCAAUGAUAGAUAUAUUCUCAAGUACUCAUAUUACUUAUCAAUAGUUACCAUACACUUUUUUUGCAUUAUUAUCUGGCAACAAUCGUUGUUUGUAAAAAGUGGCAUAAAUUUCUUACUGUAUGACAAGCUCAAGUAGUGAUUCAGUUUUAUUUACGUUUCUUUGAAAGUUGAUUUAUUCUCUUCAACAGUAGGAUGUUACUGAUGAUAUUCGACCAAUGAACAUUAAGUAUCUUGUUCAAUUACUGAUUCAUUACAACAACUUAAAAGACCAGAAGAAGAUAUUGAUAUAAUAUAUUCUACUGAAAUUAUUGCACCACCAGCAAUUCCAACUAAAAUGUCAUCUGAUCCAAAUAAUCCUAUUUAUGUGAAUCAUUCAAUUAAACCAAAUAGACCACCAACUAUAGAUAGAAAAGAAACUGAUGUAAGUUAAAUCAUUUUGAACAAUAUAAAAUUACAUUAUACUCUUAUUUAUUUACUGUGUAUGUAUCAUUUCAAUAAGUGUAUAGUUUAUUAAAAGUAAUAUAUUAACCAUAAACAUCAAUUGGUCAAUACAUUUACAAAAAGAAGAGACUGAUAUGUUCUGAGUUCAAAUCUCGCAGGGUGCAGGAUCGUGGAUGUUCACUGCUGAAGAGCCUCAUACUAGGACGAAACAAUUGUUCAGUGUUUCAAGAUUUCCCAUGAUGAUCUAGCUUCAAUUGACUUAUAUUUUUUUCACUUUUCUAAUCAGAUGAGAAAGUUAUUACUAAUGAAUUCUUUGAAUAUUCUACUCGUAAAGUGUAAUAUUCAAAUCUUGAAAGAUUAAUAUUCACUGUAAUAGAUACAUAUGAGUUUAUUCAUAAUAUUUCCAGUGAUAGAUGAAUGUGUUGUAUUCUGAAAGUUUGAUCAUUUUCAUAGUUAUUUCAUUUGAUAGAUGCUUGAUACAUCAUAAUAUUGAAUUUUCGCUAGGAAUUUCAUUUUAAAAUGUAAACAUCCAGUAUAUUUAUGGGUGUUUUCCAUUUGGGUAUAUCAUGUUCUAUUAUAUUAACACGUUCAUAAUGAAUGGUUAUGGUUGGUUGAGAUAGAAUUAUCAUAACAUAUCACAUUUUUAAAUGAACUGAAUACAACAUAGAAAAUGUUGAGAAUAGCGAUGUUUCUGUGGGAGUAAAUCAAUUGAAUCGAUCGAAGGUACACAAUUAACUAGUAUCAGAAGGAGUUUUGUAGAAAUUGAGUCAAUUGAAGCCAGAUCACCAUGGAAAACCUGGAAGCACUGAAUAGCUAACUAAUUGUUGCUUACAGUUUCAAAAUAUCUCACAUAAACUAAAUAUUGAGAUGGUAGAGAAUAUUUGUAUCUCAGGUGGAUGAUUUUGAUGAAGUUUUGUUCUGUGAACUUGAUGGUUUGAUCGUGAAGCUUUCAUCGUUACUCUGAACGACAUCAUCAGCACAAACGUUAGGUAGAAGUGAAGUGUUUGAAUUUCUCCACAUAUAGCUCACAGCUUAUCCUGUAAACCUCAAUAUUAAUUGGUUAUUGUUGACAUUUAACCUGUUACGGUUUGCUUCUUUAUUUUGAAUGUAUCUUGCAUUGAUUUGAUUUUUGGUCCUAUAUUUGUCCGUAGAUUUUGUGAUUGAUUGAUAAAGUUGAUCGUCUUCAAUGUGUUUGUUGAUUGACCUGAGUGCCAAGCUUUUAAAAAUCCUCUGUUUUUAGAAUUGCAUCUAUUCAAGUUCUCAACAUUUUCCCAGUCGAAUUUGUGUCUGCAGUUGUCCACGUGCAUUGAUGUAAGCGAGGAUGUGUCAUUGCGUUUGACCGUUAAUUAAUGUUCGUGUAUGUAAAGAUGAAGAGUGCGUCCACUCUGUCCGAUGUAGUGUUUUUCGCAAUCGGAACAAUUUAUUUUGUAGAUGAUGUUCGGUUUUUUUUCUUUUGUCAUUUCAUCCUUCGGUUCGCAUAGGAUUGAUUGAAGUGAUUUUACUGGUUUGUAUGCUAGAUAUAUUCCAAAAGGCUUCAACAAUCUCGUUGUAAUUUCUGAUAGGUCUUUUAUAUAUGAUAAGAUGAUCCCUUUGUUGGUUUCUGUGCUUCAUUUUGUUUCUGCUGCUGCGGUUGGUUGGUAUUUGUUGAUGAAGUUGAUUGAGUAGUCGUUCUUUUGAAAGAUAAUCUUCAGACAUUUUUCUCCACUUUUCCGCGCUGCAAGUGUGUUGCACUGUGUCCUCGCCUCCUUGAACAAGGUUUGUAUACAGUUGAUUUUGUGAGCUCUUGGUUUGUUACUACUGUAAUUUAAAAUUUGAUCUGUAUUGGUCGGCUUUCAAUAUACUUGAGCCUCCAGUUUUCCCGUGUCGGUUCUGAUAAUUAUUACACCUUCGAAUGUUAGUUUGUUGUUUGACUCCUGUUCCAUUUUAAACUUGAUGUCGUCAAAGAUGUUGUUCAUCAGAUUGUAGGUGUUUUCCAGCUCGUCUGUUUUCACGAUGACGAAUCCAAAUUUUUGGCUUGAUCACUGGUAAAAUCGGGGCUUUCAGUCUCUGCAUCACUGCUUCUGCAAUAACUAGAUUGUUAAAAUAAAACCGGUAGAACGCAGUGGAGUUGACCAGCAUUGUUUCUUCCCGGUUUGAUAUGUGAACGUCUAUCAAACAGAUUUCGAAUGUUGUUCAGUGAUGAAAAUUAGGAGUACAAAAAUUGAUUAUUCUGAUCGGAAAUCUCUGAAGAAAUAUUUAUAAAAUUUAUUUCUAUUUUCUGUCAUUCAUAUGGUUGUCCAAAAUUUCAACUGGAAUAGAGAAUGUUGCAGUUAGAUAUAUGAGAACUGUUACUUCUCAUCUGCAUACACUUUUUCCGUGGUACCUGUAAAACCAACCAUGUUAGUAGUGGUUCUGACGAUCACCUAACUUGACUGCAGUACUUAAAAGACAACUGCUUGAGGCUGGUUACAUACAGCCUUUUUACGAGUAGUUUUAUGUUGGUCAGUCCCAUACUCUAAAAGUUUCAGUGAAUACUACGAAACUCCAUGGUACAAAGUGAUAAGUGCUAUUUCUAACCCUCUUCUUUCAUUAUGGUAAGAAAACACCACUGAAGAAGUUAGUCAUCCGAGGGAAGCACUCUAUUAUAGUCACACUUCUGUACUAUCAGUAGUAUGACUUCUCUCUCUGGCUCUAAGUUUAUUGCUUAUAGUCGCAUUUCUCUCCAACUAGUUUGCUUGGUAUGAUGAAGCUUAAAAGAACAAAUGUUCACUGAAUACAAUUUAGUCGGGUAAUUACAAAACUUAAACUCAACAAGGUAGUACUACGAUCAGUACUGAAGUACAGAAGAAAAUAUCUGAGUGGUCUAUACUUAUGAUUAAACCUUUCCUCCAUCCUGAUGCCACUUUUUCAUUGUAUACUUAAACAUCAUACGGUUACAUAACCACAACUUAAAUAGGAAAGAUUUGCUUUUUCCUAUUAGAUUUAACAGUUUUCUUCAAUAUCUCAGUCCUACUUCAAAAUGAAAUCAAUAGAGGAAUACCGUUAGAAAUUUAAUCUUUGAUUAUUACAGUCUAAAAAGUAAUGGUUUCAAAUAUUCUAUUAUUGGUGAUGCAUGUGAUAAUUUAACAAUAAAAGUAAAUAAUUCUUAAUGUAAUUGUCGUCAUUAUUAUUUUUCAUUCAUUUGAACACAUAAAUAUUGGUACAAAGGGACACCAAAUAAAUAUGCGCCAUACAAGUCACUUGAUUUGUGUGUGGGAUGCCCAGACUGAAACAGGUAGUUUUCUUAGGGGGCCAUACCCCGAGCUUUCGAACUAAAGAUCUGAUCCACAAGGCGGCGGAGCAACGUCAAAAGAUACAAUCUCAUGGUAGCCGAUGACCAAUAGUUGGUUUGUACUCCAUUAGUUUCCUUAGGAUCCUGGAGCCAACCCAUGUGGAUCAUUGGUUUGGAAUCAGGAUUUUCUAACUCCCUUAGAUGGAUCCUUCAUAUCCACCAACCCAGUUAAAGCGUGAGACAUUUGCUUCAUUAUAAAUUUGAUCAAUUUUAUUAAUGUAGUUCCGAAAAUUUAGUUUAAUCUAUUAAUGAUAAAUUUAAGCAAAUUAAAACAAAAUUUCUGUAUGACAAAUAGAAAAAUAUUCCAAUUUAUUUAGGAAAAUGAUAAGCAUGUUUAUGCAAACAGUCAAGAAUUACGAACUGCAUUAAAGGUUAGUAUUAUCUUUCUGAGAAUGUUUCACCCCUUCCCUCCUCCACCUCAAAAAAUAGUUUUUUUUCCUUACUCUAUUUCUUCUUUUAUUCCCCUCUCCCAUAUAAAUACUGAUUUCAAAUGCAUACCUAUACACAUUAAACACACAAUAUGUAUUGUGUAUGCAUGUGUGCAUAAUAUCUGUCAAGACAAAUUUACAAUGCAUAUUGAGAUUAAAAUGAGUUCCCUAACAAUGAUGUGAAGUGAAUGCACCAUGUUGCAUGUUUCCCUUCUUUUGAUCACUUGUGUUGUGUCACGAUUGUUAUAAUUCUGUGUGAUUUUCCUGUUUGAUGUUUACACUCACUAAUAAUAACACUUUUAUGCUCUUUAUCAAGACUUUCAGUUAGUACAAGUAUUAUAUAUUAUAUAAGGAAAUUACUUUUCAUCAAACGACCCACCAAGCUAUCACAAUGUAACCGUAACAAUGAACUAAAAUGAGACACUUAAAUUGAUGGUUUGAAGAUAGUAGUUUGGUAGUUUGUGUAAAUUAUUUACCUUGAAGAAUACACUGAAAAGCUGUUUCGUCUUAGUCUGAGGCUCCUCUACAGCGAAGGUUUUUAAUAUCAACUUGGACCCAACCUAAGAUCUUUAAGUCUAUCAGUAACCACCAUUUUAGUGACCAACUUCAAGAAGAUUCUCUAACUACUGGAAAAAGAAAAUGAUGUCUCUUAUAGCAUUGAAAGAUGGUUUAUCUGUACAUAAAAUUCAUCAAAAAUGAAAAUAUAAACUUCUGUACUUUAUCUGUGUGACCGAACGCCGUCAUAAUUGCCAUUGUAUCUGUAUAUUUUAAGUUGAAUUUUACUUGUGGUCGUGGAUAAACGCCGUUGAUUUGUAUCCCAAGACAGGACUAAACAGCCGUUCAGUGUACCAUAGUUUUCUAAUGAUUCUGUAUGUUACUUAAGUUCGCUGUGAAAGCGACUUCAAUAUGUAAAUAGUCUGUUUUAAGGAGCUGUCUAAAAUGAGUGCAAUAACUAGAACUAAACUGUAUGUGCUUCAGAGAAGAAAUAAUGAUUUACAGUUAGUAAAAUGUUUCAUCAAACUUUAACUACUUAAUUUAUUUCAGUAGUUAAAAUGUUUUAAAAAAUUAGCUUAUGCAACAAGUUACAAUUUACUGUCAAUCAGAAUUAGCUAAUAAUGAAAUAUCGAUUUUAAAUCAUAGUAAAUCAAUAAUGUUGUUUUUUCCACCGGAAGCAAGUCCCCACAUCCCCUUUUAAAACUCUAAUACUACACUAUACAUUAACCUAUGUACAUAAAUAAAUAAAUGUCCUUAUCGUAUAUUAGGCAAAGGAGUUUGCAGCGUCAGCUAUAGUCGACAGUGUGGUAUCCAACAGAGAAACUUAUUGGAAAGACGAAUUAAAUAGUCACGAUACAACUAUUCAGCCAUUAAACAUGAAUUAUCAACAAUAUUAUUUAACAAGAAGUGAACACUCAACACCUAAUCUAUCGAUUAGAUCACAAAGUUACCCAACUAAUAAUUAUCAUGAACAAAAGAAGCUUUAUUUAACAUCAGAUUUUCUUUCUACCCAACAUCAGUUGUCGUCGCAAAAACCGACACGACCAAGUAAUCCACCACUUCUAUCCCCUAUGGAUCAUCAUCAAAGACAAGAUAAAUUAGAUGAAAAAAAUCAGAUAGGUAUCCGCCGAUUGGAUUUAAUGAAUUCAAUAAAUCCCGGUGACAAAUUUACAGAUUAUGAUCAUGGACAUUUCAACGAUACUGUUGGAUAUUAUAACACAGAGGUAAGGUAAUGAAAUGAUCACGCAUAGACUAACAAAGCGCUAAAAAGUAGAUAAAUGGGUACAUACAUAGAUCUAUAUUAAAUUUCACUUCAACUAAUACAUCAUACAUUGCUUGAUACCUAUAUAGCUUGAUUGAUUUAUAAGAUGGUUCAACUUAAUCCCUUAAAUCUAUGCAUUUUUGUAGUAACAAAUGGGUGAUUUAGUUUUGUUUUUCACUUUUACCUAUACUUGAAUCCAGUUAUAACAAUGUUUAAUCACAUUACCGAAUUGCAGAAAUAAUAAGGUACUUGAUAUUUUCAGUAUUAAGUUACCUUACAUUGUUAUUUCUUCAGGAUAGUUUCAGUAUCCAAAUAAACAUUGAUACUUGGCAAACGUCGGUAAUGAUGCUGAUAUUGUCAUUAAACUGAAUAUUCAAGACAUGUUUAUCAAAUUGUCUUCAAGAAAUUUCUUUAUUAUCGUCAAUUGUGUGUAACGCAUUACCAAAGACCUAAGUAAAUAAAUAGACAUAUUCUCUAUAAAUCAUGAUUUAGAAACUGAACAAAAAAGUUAAUCUUUCCACAGAUGAUCAUCCAGAGGAAUACUGUGAGCUUCGCUACUAACUGCUUCUAUGUCUAGCUAUGUGGUUGUUAAUAGUAACAGUAAUCAAUAUCGAUUCAAAUAACAAAUAUAUACUGUUUACAGUUAAAAAAUUAAACAAACAAAUGGUAAUACAACUAUCAAGUCGUAAAUUUUCAAUACUAUCGAGUCAGCAAUCAAACAUUUCUAGAAGACAGAGGCGGUGGCUCAAUCUCGUAGGUUGGUUGAAUUUAGAUAUUAACACCGUUGGUUUAAAGGUUAAGCGUUCGAGCGCAAGACUAAUAGAUCAUGAGUUCGAAUCUCACGAGGCGGGAUCGUGGAUACGCACUACUAAGAAGUCCUUUGAUAGGACGAAACGACCGUUCAGUGCUUCUAGGUUUUCCAUGGUGGUCUAGCUUCAAUUGACUCAUGAAUUCAACUGUAAAAUUCUCCACAACCCCCCCAUCUGGUAAUUUCUAGAAGAGUUUGCUUCCUUCAUAACUAAACAUAACACCAUUAUAUGGCUAUAUGUUGUAUCAUUUUUAAUUAACUAACCCAUAUAUUUUUCAUUAUUUUUUUAAUUUUGUGUUUUAAAUGCAAAUAAUCCAUGAUAGCUGCUUACCUUCUUUAUGUUUCAUUUGAAGUUAGAAUAACUCUAUGUUUCUGAUGCAUCAUUUAUAUUUGCAUACUUAUUUACUUAUCUAAUAAAGAAUACCCAGAACAUAAAUUGAUUCUUCAUGAAACCGUCUUUUUCCUUCUUAUUUACUUACUGAUGAAUUACAAGCCUAACAAUGAUAUGACAUUGAUAUAGAGCUUAAUAGCAUUAUAUUACUAACUAACACAAAUUUAAGUAGUAUAUUGAGACAUAGAUAGUUUGUCUUGUUUAUCCAAGUUUAUUUAGAUUCAGUGUUGAAUUAUGAAUAGUUUCAUUUGUUUCAACUUCAUUCCAGUAACUUCAAUGACUUUUGAAAGAAUUUCAUAAUAAUAGAGUCACCUCUUGUAAUAUAUAUACUGUCGGAAUGACAUAUUUUCUUACUAAUAUCAGAGGUUUAUGACGGAUGAUAUUCACACCGUAAAGAUAUGCUAAAGUACAGACGACUUCAUCUAGAAUCGUCACUGAAAAUCAGAAAAUACCUGGAAGUGGUUUAGUUUUUUUAUGGUAAAUUUCUGAUAUACUGGAUGUAAGAUGUAAGGUAAUUGACGAUGAAUGAAUAAUAUCUCAUCUAAGAAACGUGAACUACAUGAAGGUAGAAUACAUAAUCGAACGGCUUUAGGUUCUGUGGAGAGACUAUAAUUUAUGGACGAGCCAAUCAAGUUUAAGUUAGCAGGUCUUAGAUUUUGGCUAAAUACCAAAUUGGCAUUAUAGCUGAUGUCAGUUCGUGAUGAAAACAUUAAAUAUAAUUUUUAACCCUAACAUUCAACUGUACAUCCUAAUCCUAUUCCCUCGCACUAAUUUAUAACCCUUAUUUAACCCUAGUAAGUAGAUGGAUAUUUUCAAGGUCAUUUUAGCGUUGCUCAAAGGUCGUCCAUGAAUUAUGGUCUCACCAGGUCUACAUUUGAUUUCUUUCAUUAAUUUGGGUUUGCGCUGAUGAGGAAUUUUAUACUAUGACAUGAGCUACCUGGUUACCAAUGGUUUUCUAGUCGAAUUUAGUCUUUAAUGUAGAUAGUCUUUUCAUUUAUUUCCUUUUCCUGAAUCGACCUAACUAUUAAUUUUUAUAGAAAAUAUAGUAUAGCCAUCGUUAUAAUUAUCGUUUCAUUACAGUAAACAAUGAUAUUUUGUAAGGAUAAACUAAAUAUAUUUCAAAGAGAGUAAGAAAGAAGAUUGGUGCAGACUGGUGCACCCAGUAAGUGAAGAGAAGAAAGUCUGGUUUAAAUAUAAACUAGUUAAUAUCGCAAACCAAUAUCUCGUUUCAUCCACACCGCAGUCUAAGCUUUUAUCCGAAGACCACCUAACAACAAUACGAACUGUACUAAUCUUCGUUCUUACUCUUUGUAACUUCAUAAAGGGAACUAUGUGUAUGAAAUAUAUUUCAUUUAUGUACAAUGUAACACAUUGAUAAAGUAAUUUAACUGUAUACAGUCAACGUUAUUCAUAAAAAAACACCAGAAAUGGUUUUUGAAUAAUGAGAUAUUGCUUAGUAGCAUCUAGCAGUGUGUAAACUCUUCAUUUGAUCUGUAAUGUGUUAUGCUAAUUCUAAAUGUCCGAAUAUGCUCUGACAGAAAAUGUAACUCUCAAUAAUCUCAUACAACUGUCGGUUAGUGAAAGUUAAUUAUCAUGUAUACAUGCUAUGUGUAAAAUGGUUUACUUAAUACGAUCUCUUUCCUACACUUGGUCUCUGAAAUGACAAUACAGCAACGCCAUAUUUUUAUUUUCAAAUUAAACAGUCUUCUUUUUCAUUACUAAAGUAUACUGAAUAGUUUUUGCCUAGAAAGAUCAUCUUUUGGACAGAGUUUAAUGACUACAGAUUUUAACAUUUACUCUACAAAACUGACGUGAUUGAAUGAGUGAUUCAAUACAUCUACACAUUGGCAUUCAUUUCAUACAGUAAUAAUCGAUAAAGAUUAACCUAAGGUACUUAUUUAAACCCUAUGUCUUUCUUACAAUCCAAGAGGGAUAAACACCAUAACUUUAUCAACUACUUCUCUAACAAAUAUUUACCAAGUGCUUAACAGGUACUUAAGUAAUAAAAUUCUUUAAGUAAGAAAAUUACUAACAAAAGGACUUGUGGAGAUGGUAGCAUUUUUAACAGUUAAAUUCAUGAGUCAAUGUAAGUUACACCACCAGUGAAAACUUGGGAGCACUGGAUGGCCGUUUCGUCCUAGUAAAGGACGUCUCAGCAAUGUGCAUCCACGAUUCCGCGCGCAAGACCUGGGCUCAGGACCUCCGAUUUCACACGAACACCUAAUCACUAGACUACUGACACGCCAUCUAAUGGUAUCAAUGUCUAACCUCAAUCAAUCUAUAAUCUUGCACAUUUCAUCCAUUGUCUUUGGUGGGUAAUUGUUUUAUACCCGACAUGGUUUCUCACUAGAACUUGAGGAAAUUCAUCUUGAAGCAAGCUAUUAUUGGGCCGGCUCAGUGGUCUAGAGAUCACAUGCUCAUUUGAGUGAUCGAAGGUCCUAAGUUCUAGUCUCAGGUUCGGGCACAUGGGUGCACACUGUUGAGGAAUCACAUACUAGAACGAAACAACCAUCCAGUGAUCCCAGAUUUUCAACGGUAAUCCAGCUUAGAUCAACUUGUGAAUUCAACUGUUAAGAAAAAAUACCUUGACGAAAUGAAAAUACUUCCGAUAUAAUUGAAACAAAAUUUGUUAUACCCAACAAAAAUCUUUUAUAGUUCUAUAUUCCAUAAAACUAGUCAUUGUGGAUAAAUCUUGGUAAAUGAACGCUAUAUUCGGUUCCUAAGCUAUUCUUGUAAACCCCAAGCUAGAACUACACAGCGACCUGAACUCUAAAGAAAAGGCGCAAAAUAUACGAAAAGCACUUUGCUCCAAAGAUUCGUUUUAGUACAGAAAAUAUAGGGUUUUUAUAGUAUUUUAAAUGUCGUUGGGUUUUCCAGAAAAUUCUAGAAUGCUAUGAAAGAUAGUAGCAGUAUAGUAAUCAGCCAAUCAGAAACUCUACAUGUAACUUUUCACUUUCUUGAUGUUUCUGACUAAAGUACAAGUGAACACUGAUUGAAUAAAAUGCUUUUUACUGUUCCAUGAGCCUUUCUUGUCAUUAACAAGAAGUUUUCUGGAUCACCCUUAACAAUUAUUUUUCUUUAAAUCAUAAAGAUUUCAUAAAUUAAAGAAUCAAUUUAUAAUAACAUUAACACCGUUGGAUUCCGGCUCAGUGGUCUAGUUGGUUAAGCACCUGGUGCGAGACUGAUAGGUCCUGGGUUCGAAUCUCGUGGGGUGCGAGAUCAUGGAUGCGUACUGCUGAGGAGUCCCAUACUAGGACGAAACGGUCGUCUAGUGCUUCCAGGUUUCCCAUGGUGGUCUAGCUUCAAUUGACUGAUGAUUUCAAUCCAAAAAAAUAGAAGGUCAAAUAGACAGGUUAAAUGUAAAUCGUAACAAAGAAAAAUGAAGUACAUUUAAAACAAUAUGAUAAUCAUUCUGGAUAAUAAAUCAUUAUUACCAGGUUAAGUUAAGAGUAUGAGCAAAUUGUUUAUGAACAUAUAAAGGGGAUUUCAGUUUCUAUAUGGCCAAAGAUUCAAUAAACCUUAGCAUACAUCUCUGAAAGAUUUUGUGCAACAUUAAAAAAGCUGACUCGAUAUCAACCUAAUGACUAAUCUCAACUAAAUGUUUCGCAAUGUCAAAAUCAAUGAAGUGGUUAACAUCAAUUGGCAUGUAUCCAUAGGCUUUUAUUUUAUUUUAAACAGCAUGAUAUUUCCGUUCAUCCAUUAUGAAUAGUUAAGAAACGUAUGCAUUUAAUACUUGUAUAUGUGCUGUAACGUAUCAUUUUUAUUAAAAAUCCUAACAUUAUGUUUCUUUAACGAACGGUUUAUACUACUGAAUUAACUACUUGUCAAAUUCACUUAUUUAACCAUUAAUAGCUUGUUUAUUUGCCUUUUAAGUUUCAUUACUAACGAAAUAUUUCUAUUAGUAUGCUAUUUUAAUUUUAUGCUUGCCAUUUUGACUCAUGUUCAUAGUUAGAAUAGAAAAUCCAUCAAUUAUUCCUUUUUGUGAUAUUAUCCUUCUAUUCCACUGUGCUUAGUAGCGUAAAUGAUAAUUCUAUUGAAUGUUCAAGCUUGAUAAUGUUAUAUGUUGAAAUUAUUUUAUCAUUAUAAUCGUUAUUAUUGUUGCCUAUGAUUAAAUCUAGUUAUUCUUAGUAUUUAUAUACUCGUUUCCUUGUAUCACUGUGAAUUACAUCACAUAUAAUAAUCUAUCAAAAUAAAGCCAUUAUCAAUUCAAUAUCAACCAAAUCAUUCGUAUACAAUGAGAUCAGAGAGAAGAAUUGUAUCACCUGGAAGUUUGGAUAGAAGAUAUCCACAAGAAUAUGAACAAUAUUAUUCAUCACCUGAAGCACGACGUGUACAAACAAUGAGAGUAAGAAAUUGAAUAAUAACUAUACAUAUAUUAAUAAUCCUUAUCGAAGUUAAUAUGAAGUAGAGCUGAACUAGUAUUGUUUACUAAUAUUCAAAUCAUAUUUAGUUCAUCUGAACCAGUAUACAAACAUCUUUCAAUAUUUAUUGUAAUAUCAAAGUCAAAGGAAUUAUCAAAUAUUAAGUGUUUUAUGCAAUAUGAAUGUCAUGAUUCAGUUAACACAACUUCAGAGAUCCUUAAAAAUUGUUAGAUAAAAUAUAUACUAUUGAUUUAUUAGUAAAUAGUAUAUCCUGAAAGAGUUCAAUUUAGAAUUAACUGUAGCUACACAAUACAUCUCCCAUUCAUACUGAUCAUAUUGAAGCAGGUUUUUUUUAUCUCUUUGAUUAUGUAGUCGGAUACUUUGUAAUGGAAACAAAGUUGAAUAUUUCGUUAAAUUUUUUGCAAUAAAUGUACAUUGAGUACUUUUGGUAACGAAAACAUACAGAAUAUCCCAUUUUUAGUUCCAAAUCGUUUUCAUAAUAUACAUGGCAGAAAUUAGCUAAACUGUAUAUAAAACCAAAUUUUAUCUUGCUUGAUACUUCCCAAAAUGAAAUAUUAUGAUAUAUUCAGUGAUUAGUUUUUUUCCCUGAAACUGCAUAUUAAAACAGAACACCUUUUCAUCGACUUACAGUCAUCCUUUGCUCUUGACAUAAAUGAUGUAAGGUAGACUAAUUCUUCCAUUCUUGAAUUACCUCUUGAUGAAUAAACUUGGGAAACAAUGUUUUUCUAUCCAAAAUAUACUACUUAUAUCCUCUCAGUAGUUACAUUUUUGUAUCGGCAGAUAUAUUACUAUCUAGUCCUUCUAUUGUUGUUAAUUAAUUCAAAAUGAAGUUGUCCUUAUUCCAUCAUGAUUUGUCACAUCUCAUGGUGUAAAUGAAUCAUCUAACAACGCUAUCGAUGAGUGAUCGCUUCAUUUCAGACUUGGUUGCUGCUACCUAUCACUGCUUCUUGAAUGACCUUAAAAUUAAUCAGAAGUAAGGAUAUAAUUAUUUUUUUGAUUGAUAUAUCAGACAAAGACAACAGUUUUUCAUCAUUGAUAUUAUGAGUAUACACUAUUGAAGAAGUUCAGUAAGAAGAAUGAUAAUGCAUGACAAUUAUAAUAAUUCUCCAUAGUUUUUUAGUCCAUGUUAAGAUAAGCUACUAAUAUGAUUUCACCACUAUAACCCCACUUCAUAGAAAUAUAAACAUAAUUAUUUCAUUAAUGAUGAGUUCGUUUGUGAAAAUAAUGUUAAACAGCUUGCCUUGACCAGUAUGCCUACAAAGGAUGUUAAUGGUGAUUGACCCACACACAAUUUUGUCUACCCCCAACCUACUCAAUUACAAAUGAAUACCAGAUUACAUAAUUAGUGAACCUUAAUUUUUAAACACUUAAGAGAUGUCGGCUUCUCACUAGAACUCCAGGAGUAUCUCCCUAAAUCAGUCACUAGUAAGCAGGUGAUUAUUAUCAGAAUGGGUUUUGUGAAGAUUUUAGAAAUUUCACUGGUUGAAAUCAUGAGUCAAUUGAAGCUGGACCACCAUGGAAAACCUGAAAAUAAUGGUGUACGGUGGCGCAACUUCGUGGAUUGGUUGGAGUCAGACAUUAACACCGUUGGAUGCCGGCUCAGUGGUCUAGCUAGUUAAGCGCCUGGCUCGAGACUGAUAGAUCCUGGGUCCGAGUCUCGUGGGGUGCGGGAUCGUGGAUGCGUACUGCUGAGGAGUCCCAUACUAGGACGAAACGGCCGUUCAGUGUUUCCAGGUUUUCCAUGGUUGUCUAACUUCAACUGACUCAUGAUUUCAACCAGUGACAUUUCUAAAACCUCCACCUAAGGGAUGUGUCAACAAUUAAAGAGUUACAUGAAAGCUUACUGUUAGAGAAAGAUAAGAAUAAAGUGAACCGAAUAUAUUUAGUAGAUACAUAACAAUGAUAAAUACACUAAAUCUUUAUAGAAUAGUUCCCGAAUUUUCACAUGUAUGAACGGACUCACAUGAUCUCAAUCUAAAACUUAAUAAUUUUUUGUUCUCAUUCUCUUUUCAUUGAUCUUCAUAACUUUCUGUCACCAGACAUUUCACUUUCGAUUGAUGAUACAUACUGCUUAUAUCUAUCGAUAUCAAUAGUACACAUGACAAAACCACCUUGAUCAAUUCGUUUGUUCAUUUUAGUAAGAGACAUACCUUAACAACUUACUAGUAGUUUAAUGAUUAAAAAACAUGUUGUAUACAGAGCAUUGUUCUUGUAAUUGUUUUUUUAUUAAUUUUAUAAAAUUCACAUUUUGCUUAUAUGAUUACAACAGUAGUAGUCUUAUUAGUAGUAUCGUCACAUCUAAUGAUUUUAAACUGAUGUUAUUUCUUUUUUGUAGUAUUCACUAGUGAAUCACUGACAUUCUGAUCAUUGUUUCCUUUUUUUAAGGAUCAUUUUGUUCCCUCCCCGUUUUUUUAAUUCGAUUUAUUCCAACUGAUAAUUUUUCUGGUUAGCGUAUUUUUCAGCGAGUUAGUUUUCUACGGGAUACAGUCGCUUAACACAUGUCCAACCCUCCUCCAUUACCCGGGCUUGGGACCGGCAGUAACUCUAGAAGAGCUAAAAGCUGCUACCGGUGACCAUACCACAUUGAAAGCACCGGUUCUUGUCCGAUUACAGCAAGCUGAUAAAGAUUGUUAAUUAAGUAUGAUUGAUUUUGUGUAAACAUUUUAGAAUGAUUUGUGUAAACUGGUAAUAAAGACAAUAAAUGGAUAUUUAUUUGAAGUAAAUUACCAAGUCAAAGGCUUCUGACAAUUCGGUUCUGUAUAUACAAAUACAAUUGAUCACUAAGUAGUAAACAAUGUUUGUGCUUGUUUGCUUUAUCGAUUAGUUGUAAUGUGAUAAUUGUCUUAAAUGACUUAAUAUUGCUUGUCCUAUAUUGUAGUGUUAGGUGAUUGUAAAUAAUUGAUGGGAAACCCUGAUUUGUUUUUGUUCAUAUUAGUUUAUAUUCAUCCCAAAUUAGAUCAUGUACCUGCAAUGAUAAGGAGUUACAUACCGAUGUGGAAGAGCUAUAAAAUGAUUUCAGGGUUAUGUUUUAGUGGUUUUAUAGCUUAUAUCAGUCUUGAAUACAAAUUAUAAAGGUCAACAAUCUUCACAAAUCUCCCAUACUAUAUAUCGAUUAAUAACUUUAAUAAAACCUUAAUCUUUAUCAUUAUCUUCAUAAUUAUGAUUUAAACAAUGCUUAGAUUAUCUUUUACUGUCUUCUAUCUAUGCUAUGUGUGUUAUCUUUUAAUACACUGGUGUUCUUUCAUAUAUUCUUUAUUAUUGCUAACAAUUAUCAUCAUGUAAGUUCGUGUCAUGCAUUAUAAAACUUAUACAAUAAAUUGUUUUUUUUAUAAACAAAAAUGGAUGGUGGCUAGCGAUAGAAUCCAAGGCUUGCGUCUCAUCCUAUUUUGGGACUCGUCAACUGGAUGUACCUGCAUCUUGGGAUUGUUGUUGACUCCGAGACUUGAACUCUAGGAUGUAGGCGCAUCCGUCUGAUGAGUGCAAAAUAGGACGAAAAGUGCGUCUUGAAUUUCACUGCUAGCCACUAUCCAUCUCUAUUUAUAAUGCUUGUAGUUUAAUAGCCAUAUCAAGGCAAUCCUCAUAGAAUACACAUAUGCCAAUAACAGAGGCUGAUCAAUUACAGUCCUAAACAUCAUUGGAAAGAUUCAAACAGCCAAUACAAAAAUGUAAUCAUUAAUUGUUAAAAUGGUAACAAUAGUUAUGACAGUCUUCAAACCGAAUAAAUUUUGGAUUAUCUGUAAAGAGAACAAUUGUCUUGAGAUGGUGGAGAAGAUUUGUAGCUCAGAUAGAUGAUUUUGAUGAAGUUUUGUUCUCUGGGAACAACUAUAUUUUCUCCAUAUCACGACCAAACCAUCCAGCUCAGAGAACAAAACUCCAUCAACAAAAAUUGUCUUUCUGUCAUAAUUUUCACUCUACAUGAAUAAAUCAAGAUACUUAGUUCUAUACUAAAUGAUGUAUUAAAUAUAUUUGUCAUAGUUUGUAUUCCAUAUCUAUGUGGUAUGUAAAUACAUCUGGCCAACAAGUCAUAAAUAAGAUGAGAUUUGAUUUCUAGAUCCUAGUGCUGGCUUCUAUCAAGAUUUAAUCAAUAAUAUGUCAGUUCAUCAAAAGAACUACAUAGAAAGCAUUGCUUGAUUUAGAUCUCGUAUUAGUUUUGAACUUGUAUUAGCUAUCUUGAGAAAAUAAGACGGUCCAACGAGACUCAAACUUACAUCAUACAAUGUCUUUCUGAAAUAUAGUUAGUUCCCUUCGUAAAUUAAAAGAAAAUACAAUGACAACAAUUUUUGCAAACACUUUAGUUCUCUACAAUCAAAAAUAUAAAACUUCACAAAUAUUUUAAAGCUUAACUCUAAUGUUCCUUGCCUUCAAUGCGUACAAUUGAACGGCAAAUGAAAGAUACACUUUUUAGUAGAGGAAGGUGAUAGAUUAAUUGAUUAUAAAGAAUAUCAAAUAUCUAUGCUCUAAUCCCAUUAUAAGCUUACGUGGUUGGUGCAGAAUAACAAAACAGUUCGACUGUACACCUACAUGAAGGUCUCAGUCCAUAUGCUCUUACCUUAGUCAGAACUGUCAGUUAAGAUUUCCUACCGAAUAUCAGUUCUUUUAUUUACUUAAUGAGUUUAAUAUACCACAAGAAGGAAAUAUCGUAAAUACAUUGAACUGUAAAAGAUAAAUGGACAAUCAUUAAUCUUUUAAAUCUAAAUAUGAUUAGAUAAACAAAGUGAUUAUUUAACACCGUUGGAUGCCAACCGGUUCAGUGGUCGAGUGGUUAAGCACUUGCGCGAGAGACUGAUAGAUCCUAUGUCCCAAUCCCAUUAAGCGGAGUCGUGGAUGCGCACUGCCGAGGAGUCCCACAAUAGGACGAAACGGCCGUCCAGUGCUUCCAGGUUUUCCAUGGUUCUCUAGCUUCAAUUGACUCAUGAUCUCAACUAGUGAAAUUACUAAAACCUCCACAAAACCCCCCUUCUGAUUCAUAUUAUUUAUGUUCACAUAUUCAUUGUAUAUGUAUUUUUCUAAUCUAUUUAGUAUACAGAUUAUCCAACAAGACCUCGUGUUUAUCAACCAACAUAUCAAGCCGCAACUAUGUCAUUUAAUGAAUUUGAUCAUCAUUAUAAUAAUGGUGGUACAUUAAAACCGCGUAAACCAAAAAUUAUUACAGAACGAUAUAAAUGUAGUGAAGUAUAUAAUUGGCCACCGAAAUUUCCAAAAUUAAAACGACAUAAAACUAAUCCACCAAAACAAAUACAUACUGCACAAGAUCAUAUUGUAAUUAAACAACAAUUAAAAACUACAGCAGGAAAUAAUUAUUCAUCUACAGUUCAACAAACAGAACCAAAUACAGAACAAAUACAUUGUACUAAGAUAAACAAUCAAUAUCAAUCACCAAAUUGCAAACGAGAAUUAAGUGUUUCGCCAGAACGACAAGUAACUAGUCUUCAUUCAUUACAAAGAUCGACUCUGUUAGAAAAAUCUAAUCGAACACCGGGCACAGAGACACGUGAUCAGUUAUUUAUAGCAGAUUACAAACUAACACCAAACAAUCAGGUAUUUUCAUUAGAAAAAUAUAGAGGUCUAUUUUGUUUUUGAUAUUUCGAUAAGUAGAAAUUAGAAUGUGUUGAUGUUUCGUGACUUAAUAUAAGCUACAUUUUCAGAGCGAAUAAAUAAAUGACCGGAUUGAAUUAGGGUCGGUUUAAAUAGUGUGAAGGAACAGGAAGGUUAAGUGUUUACUUGCGAGAUUAAAGGUAAUGGAUUCGACUCCCAGAUCCAGGGUUGUAGACGAGCACUAUUGAUGAGUUUGAUGGAAUUUUGUUCUCUGAGCUGAAUGGUUUGAUCGUGAAGCUUUCAUCGUUCUUCUAAACGACAUAAUCGGGACAAACUUCAGGUAGAAGUCUAUGUGCAACAUCAGCGACACGUUUCAGUCUAUGAUUAAAAAAGUCUUUGUAUAAUAUUCUGAUAUUUUCAAUAUUCAUUUGUUAGUUGCUGAGAAUAGCAUAUACUGUUAUUUCUAAUUUGAUUCUCAGAUUUUUCCAGUUCAUUCAAAUUAUUAGCAGAUAGAUUCGUGUGAAUUAAGUGUUCGUUGAUACAAGGGAAAAGGUCCUGAAAACAUUCUCAUCCGGUAUUGUUUAACACUUUGAUAUCUUUCAAGUCUUUAAAUCUCUAUCUCUUCUCUAUGUAUUUGUAUGCAUAAAAUUUAUAGCAAUCUCACUAUUCAUUCAUCCAUUGGAUACUGCAUUUACGAAAAAAAGAUCAUUUACUCAUUUACUCGUUUAGUUUAUCUGAAUAAUAAUUUCUUCUCAUUAGAGAAUAGUUAAGCUCUCUUUUGUUUACUGUAUACUAAUUAUAUCAAAUAAACUUUGAAUGCCUAUCACCACUCGUCGAAGAACAUAGGGCGACGACCAGCAUUCUCCAUCCAACUCUGUCCUGGACAACCCUUUCCAGUUUCUAUUCAUCAUUUUCAUGUCUGCUUUCAAUUCUCAACGCAGUGUAUUCUUUUUUCUUCCACUUUUCCGUUUCCCUUCAGCAUUCCAGGUUAGCGCUUGUUUCGUGAUUCAGUUUGAUGAUUUCCGUAACGUGUGUCCUACCCACUUACAACAUCUUUCCCUAAUUUCCUCCUCCGCUGGAAACUCGUUCGUCCUUUUCCACAAUAGGUUGGUGUUGAUGGUAUCCGACCAACGUUUCACUGAUUGUCUUGAGUUGACGACUGUUUGGAAAUAUUUGUACAUUCUUGAUGAUGGUUGUGAUAGUUCUUCAAGUUUCAGCUCCGUACAGUAGAAACUGUCAUGACAUUCUCAUUGGAGGCUCUAGCUUUGAUUUUGGCUGACAGUUGUUUUGAGUUCUAUAUAUACUUCAGUUGUAGGAAUGCCUUCCUUGCUAUCCCAAUCCAUACCUUCACGUCUGCAUUAGAUCCUCCUUGUUCAUUGAUGAUGCUGCCGGUGUAAGUAAACUUCUCCACCAAAUGUGAUCUAGUCGGGAUCUUUCGUUUUUCUUUGUGUAUGCUGAGGCUUACUGCUCUAGAUUUUGCUGCUAAACUGUUUGUCUUGACUUUUAUUCGUUGGUGUGUAUGAGAUAGAAGGGCUAGGCCAUCUGCAAAGUCGAAUCGCCACGAUGCAUCUAAGCUGUGCAUUGUAUUCCGUGCUUCUACUGAGAUAUUGAGGUCUACAUAAUCCAAUCGAUCAACUGAAGAAGGAGAAAAGGUGAGUGUAAGCAGCCUUGUCUGAAGACGUUCUUCACUUGGACUGCAUCUGCCAGCUGUCCUCCAUGCACCAAUUUGCAGUGUGGUCCGUCGUAUAGGUUACGUAUGAUUUUGAGGUACACCAUGGUCUCGAACAAGGUUCCACAAAUUUCUCUUAUUCACACUGUCAAAUACUUUCUCAUACUCAAGGAAGUUGAUAUAUAAUGACGAGUUCUAUUGGACCGACUUCUCAACUAUGAUCCGUAGUGUCGUGAUUUGGUCUGCGCACGACCGAUCCUUACGGAAUCCAGACUGUUGAUCUUUAAGUUGGUCGUCUGGUUAAGCAGCACUCUGUUGAAAACACUUCCUGGUACCGAUAGUGAUGUGAUGCCUCUGUAGUUCCCACACUUGCUCAGAUCUCCGUUCUUUGAUAUAUUGUCGAGGUGUCCUUCCUUUCAGUCCGUUGGAUCCUGUUCUUCCUUCCAAAUCUUCCUGAAUAGAAUGUGGAGCAUUUUUGCAGUUACUUUUGUGUCUGACUUUAGGGAUUAACUGGUACAUUGUCAGGUCCUGCUACUUUACCACUCUUAAUUUUUUUGGUAGCCAUCCUGAUUACUUCGAUCGUUAGUGGUGUGAUAUGUACUAGAAGUUCUGUGUGUAAUGCUUCGAUGUCCAAUUGGUUCAGUUCUCAUAAAACUGAUCUUUGUCGUCUACGUUGCUAUCAUUGAUGGGAACAUAGGUCCGGAUGGAGUUCAUUCUAAUCCCCUUUUUCAAUGUUUAGAAGGAUGUCUUGAUGAUUCUGGAUCCAUGGGCUUCCCAUCUCAUAAAUUCUGUUAGUGCCUCUUUGGACAGCAUCAGUGUAACUCUUUGUAUGCGCGAAAUAUUUCCUUCUUCAUGACCAGAGUACGACAGCAUCUCUUCCAAAUCUAAUGCUUUCUGCUCAGCCUGUGUCCAAUGGGUUUUACUUAUUCCGAGUAUCACCAAUUUGUAUCCUCUAAUUUCCACAGCUACUUAAUUGGCCAUUUCGGCCUUCCAUAUUAUACGGACAUUCUAUAUACCUAUAUUAACUGUUGAUCUGGUUGUCAAAACAGGUAUCAGCCUUGUGGUAUCUGAUAAAUGCCAGUUUUCUCCAUGAGGCGUUAUAACCCUUCUAGUAUGAAUAUCAUUCAACUCCCAUGUCAGGGUUUGAAUCUUUCACAUGGUUUUGUUUGUGGUAAGCCUUCUUUAGCAAGAUUGUCUCCUACCAAAUGGUGUUGCUAAUCCCAUUUUCAGCUCUCCUCUUUUAUUUGGGUUCCGGACCGACAGUAGCCUUUGAAACGCUCCAAGUGAAGGUAUGAACGUAUUUUACAGAAUAUUAUUCUAGUCCAAUAAGUGAAUGUUAAAGCGUUUGCAAAUGACAACCUAACUGAAAUUCAAACAUAUUUUAUACAUAUAAUGACUUCUCUAUACUCGGCGCUCAAUUACUGUCAAACUAUUCGUUCUAAUCUUGACGAAUAUUCGUAUAAAUUAUUAAUAAAUGGUUUAGUGUAGAAAAACAAAUGUUAAACAUUUCAAAUCUUUCAUUUUGUACUCUUUAUGAGAUAUCAAUCUUUUUAGGAGAAUAUUACAUCACAGAAUGAAAUUGACUGAAGAAGCAUCGAAAACUAACUAGCGUUAUCUAACGCUACUUAAUUGUUCAUUGUAUCUCAAAUAAAUUCAAUCCAUGAUGAAUACCUUUUAUAAAUUAAAAUAAUCUUCAACAAAUCUUUUUUGUAAUCAAAGAGGAGUUUUGUGGAUAUAAUAGUAAUUUUAAUAAUUGGAUUCAUGACUUAAUUGAAGUUAAACCAUCAUGGAAAACCUGAAAGCAUUGGACGGCCGCUUUGUUCUAGCAUGGGACUCCUCAGCAGUGAGCAUCCAUGGUCUCGCCUCGCAAGACUCGAACCCAGGACCUAUAAGUUCCGUGCUCGUGCGCCUAACCUCUAGACCACUGAACCGUUUGGCACCUAACAGUGUUAAUGUUUAACUUCGAUCAAUCGACGAAGUUGCGCCAAUCUCCACCAUUGUCAUCAGUGAGUUACUAUCUCACAACAGACCCAGUUAAACUUCACUGAUCACAGUUUCUCACUAGAACUCCAGGAUUUUGUUUCUAGUGUGUGUUUUUCUUCCUUUUAUAAUGUGUCAACAAAUAAAUCUUCACUCCUCAUAAACAGUACUAUUACUACUAAUAAUAAUAAUAAUAAUAAACCUAUAUAUUCACUUUAAUAAAUUAGACAUCUUCAGUGCUUAUUCGUUACAAACCACAGGUAAACACAUUGAAUAUAAUCCUAUCACUAUGUUUUAUAAACAAUUACACUUCUUCAAUGAAUUAAGUUGAUUAGGAUGUUCUUUUCUUAUAUUCAAUAUAUAACAUAAUAUAUUCUUAAUAAUGGUGUUUGAUGAAGGUGAAGUUUCUCCAAGUAUAAUAUUGUUUUAAUAUAAUGACUCUUUAAUGAUUUCUUAAAACAUCAUCUUAUUGGAUAGAUUGAGCAUUUUUGUAUUAUACAAAAUAUUAACCGCGUUAGAUUUCAAAUUUAUUAGUAUUGCUUUAGUUGUUUUAUUACUAUUAUUAUUAUUUUAUCCUCACAACUUAUGAUCAUUCGUUCUGCUUCAAUGAUCAAUGAUCAAUAGUACAGCGGUAAUUUCCAUCUCAACAUUCACAUCGGUGAGUCUAUAAUUCAUGGACGACCUUUGGGCGACAUUAAAGUGACCUUGAGUGACCUCUACCUAAUAACUAGGACCAAAUGAAGACUAUAAACCAGUGUAAGGAAUACGAAUUAUAAUUUACAGUUGAUAGUUAAGGUUAGGAAUUAUGAUUUAGGUUUUUUUUUAUUACGAACUGACAUUAGCUAUAAUGCGAAAACUCUAUUUAACCAAUGGGAAAAGUGAAUUUCGCGCCAAAAUUCGAAACCUGUAUUCUUAUGUCUGAUUGGUUUGUCCAUAAAUUAUAGUCUCGCCGUACCAUAUGAUAAAGAAGGGAUGUUUAGUUUUCUGUGUUCAACUUCAGUGGUCUUAGUUAAUCUGUUCUAUAUUUUUGAAAAUGUAUGAAUUACAUAAUUAUUCUUCGAAGAUAUUUUGACAUUGAAUAUUAUUUCACCAAAUGAGAUUUUCAAAUCUGUUCUCGAACUUAGCACAGGCAAAGUGAUUUUUUUGGGGGGAAUAAACAUUAUCACAUUUAAACGAGAAUUGAACAAUUCUUAUUACCAUCUAACUAUAUAACUAAUGUAGUCCUUUGUGAAUAAAGCACAGUAAUGAAUAAUUCUGAUCCAUAGAUUAUCAUAUUCUAGCACAAACAUUCUCAACCGAAUCAAUUAAAAUAAACGAUUCACGUUGACAAUUUAUAGAUUGAUUAUACUACUAUAAUACAUAUUACAUGGAGAAUAUUUAAAUAAACUAGUCUCUAUAUUGUUCGCAAAAUUUUCAAUCACUGUAGACUGAGAUCCAUUCCAAUGAUAGCCAAUUGAAGAUAGUCGUCAAAAAACUUUGUUCGACCCAGGUUCCAUGUUAUUUAAUAUUCAUUAACAAGAUGUAUAUACAAUCCACAGGAAACUUAUCCUUGCUUUGGGAUUUAAAAUCGAUUCAUUCAGUUGCACAAUGUUAGAGGUUAUUAUUGAGCUAUUCAGGUGGCCGCUAGUCUGUUGUAAAACUAAGGUGUUUGAAAUUGAUGAUUUACUGAAUUGUAGCCAACAUCAAAAUUGAUUAGUUUUUAGCACUGAUCGAAUUUCAUGAAUCAGAAUUUCAGGUUGUGGUUUUAAAACUAUAGUAACAUACUAUAACAUACUAUUUUAGACAAUAGAGGUAGCAAAAUAUAUGAUCAUUCUCAAAUCCGUUCACGCAUUUACGCAUAUAACAACCAUCUGCUGAAUUCACAUGAAGAAGCGCACAGUUCGUCUUUUUUUCACCAUGAUUCAAUUAACAGUAGGAAACUCAUGAAAAAUAGAAUCCUUUGCAAAAUUCAUUUGCUAGAUUUCAUUUUGAUUUGUUAUUGAACAAUGAAUGAUAGUUGGGUUGUCGACUAUCUCCAACCACCAUCUAAUCUCAACAUAGUGCACUCAGUGUCGAGUCACCUAGACUGGUGGCCACAUUGCAACUUGGUCGAUAGCAUUCGAUGUGAAUUAAGAAGUACUUGAUGCACAUGACAUUGAUCACCAACCAUUGAUCAGUCAAUUGUGAUUACAUCUCAGUCAUACAGGAGGUCGGUCGCGGCCCGGAUAACUCAGUGUUAACAUCUCUGAUUGUGAAGCUGAGUGACACGGAAUCGAAUCCGUCGGAGAGCACCAGUUCCUUCAAGAUUACAGCUACACCUUGCUGACGAGUGCCAAGUAGCACGAAACCUGGGUCCAGGGUUUCCUGUCGACUACCUCCAACUACCAAUUGAUAGUGUGGUUGUGUACAUUUACUAAGAUAGUUUCAAAUGUUGUUAACCAUGUUCAGAUUUCUUGAAAUACUCAUUGAUAAUCUUGUUCAAUAUCACGUCAUUCCAAGCAAUUUUCAAAUUAAUGGUUUUAGUCUACUCUUUAGUUCAGUUUCUUGCGAUAGUUGUAGCUGGUGAUAUAUAUGUCAUUGAUCAGAUGUGUUGUGAAGGGAAGUAUUCAAAAUCUGAUACUGAUACACGGUAUGAUACAUACUAACCCACCUGCGCUCCACCAACUAACUACUUGAGCGAGAACAUAAGAGUAAGCGAGAUAGUGUAUUGGGAUACAAAAUGAAAUACAUAAAUACUGACUUGUACACAUGGCACUCUAAUCUUUGGUAAACCAACCUAUUUCUUAGCCGAUGAAAUCCACUCGCCUUUAGGUCCCUUCUGAUUGCUAUCGAUUGACCUUCUCAUUAAGCUACUUUUGAUUGGCUCUCCAUAUCACGAUAUUCUAGAACAUUUAGGAAACUUAGAUGGAUUUCUUUGAUUUCCCACUGCAUAUAUUCACAAUAUUUCAAGUUCUUCACAUGAUUUACACCUGAAUGGUUUUAUUUUACUUAGUAGAAAAUUUCAAUUUGCGCUCACCCUAGCUUAUGCCUAAAUACUUGCUUUUUCCCCUCUAUCACAAAUAAAUCAAUAUAAUAUAGUGAAUAUUCAAUGAAACGUAGAAUAAUGGUAUUUCUUUAAACCUAGUAACUAUGCAUUUGAUUCUUUCUUUUACAAAGUACCAUGUAGUUCAACUAUGUAUCGAUCUUGACAGAUUUUACUGAAAGCAUAUAGAGUUCAUCCUCAUCCCAGUGUAUUAGUCUCUUCUUUCUUUCAAAACGACAGAUAAUCAGUAACAUUAUAUCAAAUACCAUAAUGAUUGUCACACUUACCAGAACAAUUCACCUGAAGUUGAUUAAAAUCAAACAGGUGUAUUAACCAAUAAUCAGUUGAUUUAUGAUUAACUUUCGAAAUUUAUACGAUGAACAACUAGUUACUCAUAAGUAGUACAGUUGUAUUUUUCCAAACUUCAAAUUCGUUUCUCUUGAAUUUCGAUGUAAUUAACUAUGAGAUACCUCUUCAGCUUUAUUUAAGCAAGUAUAAUUACAUUUUGUGAUUAUUGAAAUAUGUGUUUAACAACUCAACAUUUAUUUACAUAAUGAAUGUAAGUAAAAGGGUAACAAGCCGCGCCCACCAGUCGAGCCCGGUUAGCUCAGUCGAAAGAGCAUCAGACUCUAACAACGUUCCACUGGCUGACGUUGCUCUAUUGCCUUGUGGAUUAGACCUUUAGGUCAAAGGCUUUGAAUAUGGCACCCUAAAAAAACACCUUCUUAGGCUUUGGCACCCAGACAGCAUUCCAUCUCCCACACAAUUGGAGUGGUUUAUGUGGCGUAUAUCUAUUUGGUGCCUCCUUGUAUCAAUGUUUAUGUGUUUAAAUAAAUAAAUAAUAAAUGCAAGUAAUUCAAUUCAUUCUUUAAAUGUAUAUACUGCUCCAUUGUUGACGUUAAGUAUAGCAAUUUAUUAGUUUCUGUAAACAUAUGUGCAUCCUGAGCACAUCGUCGCUAUAUAGUCUAUAGUCAUCAGUUUCUAUUCUAUGAUAUGUGAGUAACAGUGUAAUUCAAAUUAGAAGACUUGGUAGAAGUGUAAUGUAGUUGGUUCCAGUCUCAGUGUGAAUAUUAACUGGUUUGGCACAGCGCCAAGGUCAUAUAGGUCGGUGUUCUAAUAGGUACUUUUGUCACGUGACAACUAACAGGACAUAAGAACAUACCAGUAAUAGCCCCUAUAUAUUAAUCGAUGACAACUGUUAUAUCUUAUAGUUGACAUCGAUAACUAAAUAAAAGAGGAGGGGGGAACAUUUUAAACUAAGAAAUGCUGGACACUUGUUUCAUCCAAAUCUCAGACUUCUCAACAGUGUUACUUGAAACUUAACCAAAGGUUGAACCUAAGACCCUGAAGUCUUCAACUGACCACUUCACCUUUAAACCACUAAGUUGACUUUCAACUGUAUAUUUUUUUCCUAAUCCAUAAUGUAAACUAAAACGUUCUCAUCAAUUUAGUUCUACUUAUCAAUUACUAGUUUUUUUUUUGUUUUUCUUAUUCAAUUACCAUAACUAAACAAUUUAACUACACAAUAGUAAACGUGCACAAAUUAAUCUAUACAUAAAUGUUGACUUAAAAUCAUAUUAUCUGUUGUGGUUACUUUUUUUCUCACUAACUCUAUUCAACUGUUUAUUUCGAUAAAUUUUGUCAACUUAUUACAAAUUAAUCUCGCGCGCGAGACUGAAAGGUCUUGGGUUCAAAUCUCGUGAGGCGGGCAUCAUGGAUGCUCACUGUUGAAGAUUCCCACAAUAGGACGAAACGGUCAUUCAUACUUCUUUGUUUUAGAUUAUUAUCAUUGAAAAGAGGGAAUUUCACAACCGGCUGAAUAGAUUUAUUAUUGAUAGUUGAAUUCAUGAGUCAAUGUGAACUAGAUUACCACUGAAAAACUGAAAUUACUAGACAGCAUUUUCGUCCUGAUUUUUGACUCACCAGAAGUGCGUAUCCACGACCCCGCACGUGGGACUCAGACUUGAGACCUUGAGUCUCGCGCAAGAACGCUAAAACUGCAGAUCGUUGAAGCGGUAUUCAGCAGUGUUAAUGUCUAACUUAAACCAAUCCACGAUAUUGCACCACCGGUGGUGAGUAACUGUUUCUACAAUACACAUGGUUGAACUCCACUGGUCACGGCUUCUCACUAGAACUCGAGGAAAGACCUCAUGAAACCAGUCACUAGUGAGCACAUGAUAAUUAUUAUCAGAAAGAGGGUUUUGUGGAUAUUGUAGCAAUUUUUAAUAGUUGGGUUGAUGAGUUAAUCAAAGCUAGACCAUCAUGAAAAACCUGGAAUCAUUGAAUGACUGUUAAAUGUGUACUGCUGAAGAGUCCUAUACUAGGACAAAACGGUCGUCCAGUACCUCCAAGUUUUUUAUAUUAAUCAACUCAUAAAUUUAACUAAUAAAAUUUACCACAUUAUUCACUGAAUAACAGAAGAAUUAAUGAAAUAGGAGCAUAGUAAAAAAAAUAGACAAAGAUUUUCAUGCUUAACUAUCUCCGACAUCAGAUUAACACAAGGAUCCAGAAAUAUAAACUACUGUUAAAUAAUGCCUAAUUUUUGAAGCUAUUCAAAGUGGUAUAGAUAUCAUUAACACAAGAACAGAUAUUAUUGUCAAUAUGUUUUCAACUAUGAUCAACGUCCAACAUGAUAGGACUACUUGUUAAGAAAUGUUUUCAACUUUACAUUAAGGUCUUAUGAUCAUUUAAACUUUAACCUCAUUGAAUAUCUGAGCUACGUAUUCCUGCCAUCUAAAUAUUUCAAUAAGUUAUCUAUUUUUCUGUAUGUUUUAACACAUCAUUAUACCUAUUAGUCUCAUAACCUGUAUAAAUGAAUUUGUGAAACAUUCACUACAUUUCGUUGUACAACUUACAAAAGAGCCUAAUCAGAGAUAGCGUAGUUUCUGGCAAUAUGCAUCGAAAACAAUAGACAUUAUUCAAAUAUUGAUUUUUGAACUGCUAAUAUCUAAGCUGGCGACCAAUCAAUAUUUAUCAUCAUGAUCGAUCAAGAAAUUAGAAAAGGGAACUUGUUGAAAUACCUUUUGCUGAGAAUUCUAUAUUGGACCAAAAAUAUGGUAUUGAAUAAAGCCACUAAUAGUAAUAAUAAUAAUAAUAAUUGUUGAACUAACAUAAUAUUUGGUUAACUUACAAUCUAUUACCAGUAAUGAUCAUUGUUGUGACUUUAUGUCCGGCUUUUUCUCACGUGAUCUAUCCACCAAUCAAAAUACGACUUAUACAAUCUUAGCACUGUGCCAAAACCACUGACGUUCGACCGGUAUGAGCAGCCUAGCGUCCUUAUUGGUCCUAUGUCCGCCUAGUCCGUCCACUUGAAUCCAGAAUACCAAUACCAGUUUCCACUAUGCGAAUCGAAUCGAAUCAUUUAUUUCAGACAUACUGGGUUUAUAUAUCAACCAAACAGACCGCAAUGCACCAUAAGAUAGGAAAUAACAUUUGUACACAAUAAAACCAAAAGGUGACUGUGAACGUGGUAGGCAGUAGUCAAUAAACUGAACAUAGCUUAAGAACCUUAAAUCGUACAAUAAUAAAUUAUAGGUCAAAAUAAAGCUUAUAAUAAGGGGAAUAUAAAUAAACAUAAUCUAAUUAUUGAAUAGUUAUACCAUAAGAAUGUAUAGAUAAUAUUAGUCAAUUAAUAUGUCUCAGAAGUUACUCGUGAUUUAAUCUUCAUUCGGAUAUAACAAUCAUAAUAGUAUUCUUUAUUCUUCUGUUCAUAUUUCAGAUUGGAUCCACAAAACCUGAUGCAUUAGCUUUACCAUAUUUUGCUAAAAUGACAGAAAAUAAACGAUUUUCAAAAUUCCACUAUAACAAUACUACUACUAAUAAUAAUAAUAAUAACAAUAUUGCUAUGUCUGCUGAAGUAAUGCGUUCCGAUUCACCAAAAUCAUUAGCUUCAUUGAUAGAUGCAUUGAAAACUAUACAUCCAUUACUUUAUAACUUAAAUGAGAAUAAUAUCCCUUUAUCAUUAACCGAUCAUGAUAACAAUGAGAACUCGAAAUUAUUCAUUCAUUGUUUAUCAGAAUAUUUAUUCACAUGUAUGAAAUUACGUUCAUUAGAUUUAAAAGGUGAAUUUGUUACAUUCUUAUUUCCAUUAAAACAUUUCAAUGAACAAUUAUGGAAUAAAUAUGGUACAAUUGAUGAUUGGAAUGAGUUAUCUGUUGUUUGUGAACCGAAUACAAACUAUGAAUAUGUUGUAUUGAAUACAGCCAACGAAUCUUCACAAAAAAUCAGAUUCCCUAAAAAAACAAUCGAUAAACUAUUAACAAAUUGGUUAGAUAAUCAAACUACAAAAACACCUUCACCAGGAAAUCGACAUUCAUUGGAAAGCAAAAAUAAUACAGAGAAACAUUCAGAUGAUAAAUUACUUCAUUCAAUUAGUUUAGCUGUAACACUGAAAACGUUGUUAAAUUUAUUUGAAAAACAUGAAAAAGUAGAAAGUGAUGAACAUCAUCCUCAUCAAGAACAACAACCACAACCAUGUGUAGAUCUAUUUCUAACUUGUAUUAAACUUAAUGUACUACUAAGUUUAAGUGAAUGUUUAGAUAAAAAUAAAUCAAUCCAAUUUAACUUAAAACCAGAACAUAUUUUACUUAUAUUAACACCAUCCAAUUGUUUAACACUAUUUAAACAUUAUGAAAAAAUACAAAAUAAUAAACAAAAUGAGAAACCAGCUAAUAUUGAUAAUGAUAAUCAUAAUGAGACUAAUGAUCUACAAUCAUUAUUAACAAUAAUGAAUAUUCAAUAUGAUUCAAUGAAUGAAAGUAUCAAUGAUUUAAUCAAACAAUUAUAUGAAAUUAUACAACAUAAAUAUCACUAUUCAGAUAUGAUUACAUCAUUAUUGAAAUCAGUUGCACCACCAGAUUGGAUAACAAUGUGUGUAGCUAGAAUAUGUUUAUAUAAUCAAACAAAUUCAUAGAAAUUCAAUUCAAUUUGAAUGUUGUUAUUAUUAUACACUUUCUUAUAUUUAUAAUAAAUAAAUGAAUAUCCCCUAAAUACACUUUCAUUCAUACCUAUAACAACCCAUUUCGUAUAUAUAUACAUAUAUAUAUACACACACUCACACAUAAAUACGUACACACAUAGAAACAAAAUUGAUCUUAUUUUAAACAAAACGGAAUGAAAAUGAAGAAAAAUUUGUUUUCUGUUAUUUCGUUGAUAAGUACCAAAUAUUUUCUUUUCUUUUCUUUUUUGUUUUUACACCCCCCUCAGGUUAUCUAUUAUCCAUACCGACUAUUGAUGAGUAGAUUGUUGAAUGUUUAAGUUGUGUUGCCGUUUGUUUUUUCCUUUAUUGUUAUUGUUGUUGUGAACAGAAAUGAAUGUUUCAUUAUUUGUUAUAAUGUUACUACUUAUAUACUCAUAAUUGAACAUUUUUUUGAUUUCUGUAACAUUUUCGACAAAAAGAAAAGUUUGACUAAUCAAAUUUAUUUUUUAUGAUUGAUAUAAGUUGAUUGGAACAAUUGUGGUAAUAAUAACAAUAUGAUAGUUAUUAUUACUAUGAAUUGAAUAUUAUUCAUAAUUAUCAUUCUUUCUAUGACUUUUUAUGCUGUCAAGCUUAUGUGCUUAUUGAAAAGUAUUAUACAUAUACUACUAAUAUGCUACUUAUUAAUAUUAAUAAUUUGCUUAUUUAAGAAUCAAUUUUGAUGCAAUAGUAGUAGUGAUAGUAUUAGUAGUAGUAAUAGUAGUAGUAGUAGUAGUAGUCAUGUUGCUUUUCAAUUACUCUUGUCAAUGAUUUUCAUUUUGAAGAAAUAAUGUAUGUUUGCUUAUAAUAAAAUGAAAUAUAUACCAUAUAUGAUUAUUUUGUAAUGAAAAAGAAAAUCAAAUUUUGUUUAGAUAAACAAUUUACUAUUCUGUAUUAUGGUGGUAUAUGUAUGUGUUUAUUGUUAAAGAUGCUUUAGUAUGAGAUAUAUUUAUAUAACUAUCUGGUUAUUUCGAACAUUUGAUUUAAUGUGAUCAAUGGGUAGUUAGAGAACCUGGAAGCACUGGACGGCCGUUUUGUUUUAUUGUGGGACUCCUCAGCACUGUGCAUGCAUGAUCCCGCUUACGGGAUUCGAACCUAUCAAACUUAUUAGUCUCCACAACCCCUAUCCUCAAAAUUAUCAUGUGCUCACUGGCGACUAGCUUCGUGAGGGAAUUCUCGGAGUUCUAGUGAGAAGCCGUGACCAGCGGAGGUUAUCUAUGUCGGGUAGAGACAGGUAUCUACCUCAGUAAAAUGGAAGAUGGUCGCGCAAUCUCGUGGAUUGGUUGAGGUUAGAAAUUAACACCGCUGGAUGCUGGCUCAGUGGUCCAGUAGGUUAAACGUCUGUGCGCGAGACCGGAAACCCUGGGUUCGAGUCCCACGAGCGGGGCUGUGGAUGCGCACUGCUGAGAAGUCCCUUGAUAGGAUGGAACGGCUGUUCAGUGCUUCCAGGCUUUCAAUGGUGGUUAAACAUCAAUCGGUUUAUGAUCUCAAUCAAAUACUUUAUUACUGUUCGCGAAAUUACUGUAUCCAAAGGUUAGAGACUUUGGUGACCUGACUUAUUAAUAAUCGCAAUGGUGAAUAUGCAUUCCCUCAAUGUCUUCUAUUAGACUUCCAGUUUUAAAAUGAUCUUAUACAUAUUGUUCCGCGUUCAUCUUUUCUAUACCUAAGCCUCCCUACAACCACUGAUAGUAUUGCUACUUAAACUACUAUGAAGUUGCUUUUGAUAAUUAGAUCUCAUCUUGCUGAUGUGAUUUGGUAACUUGAAUAAAAGUGAGUGUCUGCUUAAUCAUAGGUUGAGCAUGACUGAAUGACUUAAAGAAACUAAAUAUUGUUACUUAAGCAAAUAUGGAUAGUAGCUAGCAGUGGUAUCCAGGAUGUGCAUUUAGUCCUAUUUGGAACUCAUCAGUUGGAUGUACCUGCAUUGCAGAGUUGAUGUUCACUCCGGAAGAUACAAGUAAAACAACACCAAGUGUAUUGUAACUUAAGCUACAUUUCAUUUAUUCUUGGUUCAAAAACUUUUAUUUAGUAUCUUUUCAUUACUUGAUCAACUGGUUUAAAAAAG